AUGCAGAUUCCUAGGGAGCUCCAACCCCUAGCAGUCUUUUGCCGUCAGCCUCAAUCCGAGCAGUAUAUCGGAACAGUCAAAAAUCUUGGGGAUACAUGGCGUCAGCUUGAAGAACGGCCCCUCAAAAUUGAUUCGAGUAGUGUUGCGAUCGUAACCAAGUUUGGCCUGCAGAUCGAACUGAAAAAUAUCUUUGACAACGAAAAAGAGUCAACAUUCGAGAUAUCGAAUGUGAUGUCCCAGAUACCGCAAAAGUUACUAAACGCACGCCAUUAUGAGAUCGAACCCGAUUUUGAAUCGAAUUUUUUUGUCCGAAAUUUUGAAGACUUAAGGCCAGAAGACGAACGGGACUUGACGAUGCUCGAUGAUGAACUACGCGAAAUCUUCCCUAGCCUGGUCUUCCGCUUUUAUGAAAAGUGGGUAGACCAGUGGGAUAACAACUUUAGAAAACGACGAGUUGAGUCUCAGGACUAUAAAAGACCUGUUUUCGAGACUGUGAACGAGGAAGUAGCCUAUAAUGUGACUGGGCUUUUGCUAGCCUGA